AUGGCUGGCACCAUGGCCGACGACGAACUCUUCACAAGGGCCAUCUCUGGGUAUCGGGACGCUUUCUUGGUUCGACACUCCCAUCUUCCGGAAUCAGAGCGCAAUGAACUUUGGAGUCAGCGGUUAAGUCAGUUCAUGACCACCACGGCCUCUUCUUCCACAUCCCCUUCCGCCUCCUCUUCCAGCUACCGCCCGGUUCCCGGCUCUGGUCUCCUUGAAGAUGGCGGUUCAGCUCUCGAGAAAUCUGGGAAACGGACACGACAGGAUACUCCCCGGACCCUACCUGGUUCUGGUCUUCCUCCGCCGAAACGACGAGUCACCACUCCGGAACCUCCAGUGACCGUUGAUCUGACGCGCGAACUGUCUCACGCGUCUUCGCCGGCGGCUCCUGAGACUCGACGCCUAUCAAGAACGAACUCUCGGAAGGGCAACUCGGUCUCCUUCUCCGGUCCUGGGUCCUCUUCCCGGCAUACAGCCAUGGUCCGCUCGCAGAGCCAGCAGACGCCGGUUGCUCACCGGCCGUCGCUGGCCUCCACUGUGACGGGAUUUCGCCAUUCCUAUGGACCCCAGCGUGUUCAGCGUCGCCUUGACCAUGUCAACGAGUACACACCUUCCGAAUACACCAAACAGUACUUGGGUGACUUCCAGGGCCAGGGUCACGUCUCGGCACUCUCUAUGGCGCUUUCUGCGGAUCCGACGAUGACUGGACUUCAACAAGAACCACAGCUGAAUCAGGGACAGCCUGAGCUGAUGGCGAACUUUACCGCCAUGACCAACCCCGUCAUGGUCGACCAGCCGGUUCAACCGGCUGCCGUGGAGAUGAGCAGGAGUACCACUACGGACUCGCUGUGUGGGGGCUUGGGAAUGAUGAGGUUCGAUUCCUCGGGACCGAAUCUGGACUCUACUUUCUCAUUUUCCGUCCCCUCUGAAUUUGUUACCUCCACCUCACCGAUGAACGUCCCCUUCCCCACCUCCUUCACCUCCAUGCACCGAAAUCCCCACCCUGAAAUUCCCUUCCCAUUUACCGAACCUUCUGGGCCGAUGUCAUUUUCCUGUUCCGCACCAUCUUCUACAUCCUUCCAUCCGCCUAUCCCUACCAUCUCCCCGUCCCCCGCGACGGAAAUGCGGCCUUCUAUGUCCGUUGAGAGUGACAGUUCGUCUCUGUCUCAGCCGUCUAGAGCGGCUCGCAGGACUCAAGAACAGAUUGUGCAGGGCACGCGGCCCAUUGCCCCCAAAGCUGAGCCGCACAGCAGCUCACCACCCAAGGUGGCGGAGCAGCACAAGAUGAUUCGCAUCUCAUCAUCGGAUGGUACUUCCAAAGAGGUUGCAGCCAUUCCCAAGGCUUCGAUCCAGCGGCCCCCGCGUCCGAAGACGUAUUGUAACAUGUGCAACGACCAGCCUGACGGCUUCCAUGGGGAGCACGAGCUGCGUCGACACAUUGAGCGGGUUCACGCUGUUGUUCGCAAGGUUUGGGUGUGUGUUGACAUAUCUCCAGGGAAGACAUUCCUGGCAAACUGCAAGGCUUGUCGGAAUGGGAAAAGAUAUGGUGCUAACUACAACGCCGCUGCCCAUCUUCGUCGCACCCACUUCAACCCGUGCCAGCGCGGCCGUGGUGGUCGUGGAAAAGACAGUGAGAAGCGCGGUGGUAAGGGCGGUGGGAACCAUCCGCCUAUGGAUGUCCUGAAACAUUGGAUGGUGCAGAAAGAGGAAAUUGUCCUCGAGAAUGCCCAGAACUAUAUUGACCAGGAUGCACUAGGCGAUGAUCUGGCGGCUGGUCCGUCCGAUGAUGUCCCAUUCUCCGGGUUGCCGCAAGCUUCGGUCGAAGACAUCUCUUCCCAAGGUUUGGAAACCGCCCUGGUGAACGGGUAUGAAACCUAUGCUGCGCUGCCCACGAUGGCCAUGGACCCGUCCAUUGAUGCUGCUCCGUGUUACUUCGAUUCUCAGACCUUGCCGCCUGAGAUCGAUUCGUAUGUGUGAUUGUAUAAACAUCCUGACGGUUGGCUUCUUCCUCCCGAGAAUCUGGAGACUAGAUCUCUCGUAUCUCUGACGGGUUUCUUGUUGAUAUAUUUCUUAAACAUUGCGUCUUUGGGGCUGUUUCUAUACUCUUCACAUUGUGCGUUUUUUGCGACUAUAUUUCAUGUGAUAAUUGCUCUUUGGUUCUUCUCUUCUUCUUUGGAUUUUCUUCCUGAUUCUUCUUUCUCAUCUCUUUUUCUCCCGGUUCUUUUUCUCUUCUCUUCUCCUAUAUCUUCAUUCUUGCGACCCCAGAGGCCGACAUAGUCGACUUGGUGAUGCCCUAACGGGCGCUACGACAUAAUGUGUGAUGAUGAGCAGUCAAUCAGCCAGACUCAGAUUCCUGAAUACAUUGAUUUGGUGAACGUCGUGCAUGAAAGCAACGGUCCUUCGGAGC